AAAUACGGCAGCCGAGUAGCUCGGACGCUACGACUCCCGGGUGAGGCUGAGCCGGGCAGCUGGUUUUCAGAAGCGGCUGGUGAAGCACUGCGGGAGGUCCCUCAGGGGAUCAGAAGCCUAGGGUUAGGAGCCGCAGGCAUGCUGCGCCCCAAGGCUUUGACCCAGGUGCUCAGCCAAGCCAACACUGGAGGCGUCCAGAGCACCCUGCUGCUGAAUAACGAGGGAUCGCUGCUGGCCUAUUCAGGUUACGGCGACACGGACGCCAGGGUCACUGCGGCCAUUGCCAGUAACAUCUGGGCCGCCUACGACCGAAACGGGAACCAAGCGUUUAACGAAGACAAUCUCAAAUUCAUCCUCAUGGACUGCAUGGAGGGCCGCGUGGCCAUCACCCGAGUGGCCAACCUGCUGCUGUGUAUGUACGCCAAGGAGACUGUGGGCUUCGGGAUGCUCAAGGCCAAGGCCCAGGCCUUGGUGCAGUACCUGGAGGAGCCACUCACUCAAGUAGCAGCAUCCUAGUGGGCCGUGCAGACGCUGGUGGCGACAGUCGGAGGGGCAGGGCCCGGGGAAAACCCUCCUGGACUGUGGGGGAGGUCAGGACUUUGUUCGUUCCAGAAUAAACUUUAACUCCUGCCUUGUGUCUUGGCCACUC